UCCGCGGAAAGCUGCUAAUUAGCCACAGGGAGCCGUGGUCGUUAAGGCUAAGUAGCCUCGGGGGCCUCUCCUCCAGCCGUGUCCGUGUCCGAGGCAGGGACAAUAAGGAGCUUAGCUCUGGGCCUUGGCCCCUCGGGGUUAAAGCCCUCCACAUGCAUACAAACCCAUCACGCUCCGAGGCCCCGCUCUAGCGCCGGGCUCUUCACAGGAGAGAACUUUCUCUCUAGCCAGUGAUACAUUUGUGUUCACCACUGCUGUUCCCUGUUCUCCUGCCGCGAGCCUGGCUCUGCUGCCUCCAUACCCUGCCCACAAGGCGCUGGGCAACCAUCACUGAGCCCACCCAAACCCUUCUCCAGCUCGACAUUCCCACUUCCCUCAGCCUGUUAAACCCCAACCUUUCUGCAGCCUCCAUAGGGUUCUUUAAAAUUCAAAGUCUCACAUACCAGGGUUAUCCAAAAGCGAAGGCAGCAUUUCAGAUAUGAGUGCUGAGGAAAAGGGAACAAAAAGGACAAGUCCAGCAGAGAAAGUGCCUGUCUGGCUUCCCCGUGCUCAAAUAUCCAGAGCAAGAAAAAUACAAGUGGGAGACUGGCGUCUGGGCCUGGAGUGAAGGUCUGUUCAGGCAGAAGGUGAAGCUGCAGCCUGGAGCCUGGGUCUGGGGCUCUCUGCCUUUGCCAGCAGCUGUGAGAGGUGAAGCAUCCCGGACAAUUUUCCACCCCUGGCUGUACUCAAGGCAUCCUUUGGAAACACAGUUUUUGUCUUCCUGGCUUCUCCCACAGUGCUGUUUCUCCUCUGAUCCCACAGCUAAUUCUCCUUAAGUCUAGAAGUUUAUUAGGGCCCCAUGAAGGCCAGUUAUUUAGACCUGAAUUUACCCACUCCUGGUAAACCACAGUAUUGUGAGAUGAUCUGGGAUGUGACAGUAAUGGGAAGAAGUGGUUACUUUGUUCAAGGAACCUCAAAUUGUGAUCCAGCCAUAAGUCAUUGUUACUAUCAGUUUGCCAUCCUGUGGAAUAUGUUGUUCUUCUGGCAGAGCUGAACCUUCCCUUCCUUGCAGACCACAGGCCUCUCUCUUAGCUACAAGAUCCCACAGGGCAAGAGGUGCCAGCUCACUGCUGGCCUCUCGUUUUUAUUGCUCUGCAAUCCACGGUCAUAUUUUGCAUUUGUUUUGUGGCUUUUCUUCCUUCAAUUGCAUCAUUAAGGUGAAGUGUUGUUGUCAGGGUGGGGGCUUACUCACUGCAUCCAGUGCUGCAGGAUUCCCACUGUCACACUCAUUAUCCUGGAGUUAAUCAAGACUGACAGUCAAAUGUUGCAAGUGUCGUAGCAGAAUCCCUACCUGUGCAAACACUGCCCAGGGCAGGGAUUUAUGCUGUUGCAGUGCAAGAAAGUGGAUUAAUGUGGACAAUGUGGGGCAUCUUAGAUAGGAAUAGUGCUUAUGAAGCUUUUCCUUGAGAGGGAGGGCCCUCUUUCCCUUUAUUUAUUAAUUUUUAAAUUCAUAUUUAUUCUUCUAUGAGAAAGGCUUCUGCCAGUACCUGGGCAAUUACUAGAGCACAGCAGCAUAAACUGGGAUUUCAGCUUUCAUGCUGUCUUGUUCCUGACAGGUGAGCCAGCAGGAUUCCCACCUACCCUGUGGGAAACAAGAAUGUUGGACUGAAUCCUUCCCAAAUAUCUUUGAGGUGUGGAAAUGCAGGAGCUGGAGGCCUGAGCAUUUCAGGCAGUUUGUAGAGAAGGCUGUGGCAGAACCAGGGGGUGACUGCAAGCUGUGCCCUGUGCCAGCAACGUGCCAGGCUCUGGCAAUGAGCAGCAGGCUCCAAAUCUCCUCACCUGCUCAGGUGAGCUGGGAAGCGAACGCCAAUUUCUCUGAGAAGAGACCCUUUCUCCAGUGCACCAUAGACAUGGCAGGAACUGGAAAUUCUAAUUUUGCUCUCAGCCCUUUGAACAUGGGGUUGAGGGGUGGGAAUGCUGACCUCUGCAGCUCCUCCUGAACAGCCCCACGGCUGCCUCGAGGCUCCCAGGUGCCUUGCAGGGGCGGGGAAAGAAAGUGCAGCUGUGGAUGUGAUGAUCUUCCCUGGAUAAUAACGCUGCAGGCAGGUCUGAUACUUUUGAUGCUCCAACCAGCCAUGAGGGCCUGGGUGAGCAGUGUGCUUUUCCAGAUCUUCCUUCCCCUCAGCAAUGGUCACGUCGCUGAGAGCACGUGGACCUUCUCCAUGGGUAACCUGAUAGAGCGAGGCAAGGGACCGUGCAGAGUAACAGUUCAUUACCCGUGUAAAAGCACACGGGACUGGGGAUAGUCCCACUGUGGAACCAACAAAGACAAGCAAUCCCAGAGGAACAGAAGACUUGCAUGUGGAAGGCACACAGGGAUGGGGCCAUACAGUGCUGAAGGGUUUCUUUGCACACAGACUCUCAUCGCAGGCAGGUGCAGAACUUCUGCAGUGAUAGAGGGAAGGACUGGGAAGUGGAUAGGCUCUCUGGAGCUCAUAAUGAGCAGCUGUAGGAAGGGUGGGAACGUGGGAAGAGGAGUUUGCCUGAGACACCAGGAGAGCCCGAGUCGCCUCUUCCUCCUUUGUUAUGGUCCAGAGCAGUGGUGGAAGUGUGUGUUCGGUUCCGCAGUGGGGUUUAACUACAGCGGCCAAAAUCAGCCCUCGUUUAAGUGUGAAGAAGCAGGACGAUGUUCCUUCCUGCGUUGGAAAUAAGAAGAGGAAUCACUCUGGAGCAGGAGCGCUCGGCAUCCGAGCUCUCCUGCAAGCUACCCUCCCUCUGAAGCACCUCGCUGUCCAGCUGCAGGUGAACAACACAGCCAACAACGUUCAGCCUCGAGAAAGGAGGAGCAGCCGCAGCCGGUGAUCGUCCCGCCGUGGGGCUGGAGGGCGGAUGGCGGCGUGCCCAGCAACACGCCGCUAUCGGGGCGGACACGCAGGUAUCGGGGCCGACAGCUGCUGCUCGGUGGCUGCUCCGUGUCACGCCGGGCCGCGGAGCCAACAGCCUCGCCCCUCUCUCUGGAGCGCCCGGCAGAGCACCGACCCCUCCGCCCGGAGCCACGGCGCUGGGCAAUGGCGGCGCCCACCGGGAACUACAGCUCCCAGUAUCCCCUGCGGCGGCCUCUCCCGGAGGGGCGCAUGCGCCCCGCGCGAACUUCCUUUCCCGGCAGGCCGGCCGAGAGCGUGGCCUCCGCCCCUCUCCCUCACGGCCGUGACGCUCUCGCCGUGACGCAGCGCGGUGACGCAAAAAAGUGUGCGCCCUCCACAGCGAUCGCGGCCGCCGCGGGGUGCGCGGGGCCGGCAGCAGGGGCCGGGGGCGGCGGCGGCGGCACCGCGGGGCAGCGCGCAGGCUAAGCCAUGACUUCAGGGUCUGGGCAUGUGGACUCCAAGGCUGAGCUCACUACUUUGCUUGAGCAAUGGGAGAAAGAACAUGGCAGCGGGCAAGACAUGGUCCCUAUUCUCACCAGAAUGUCCGAGCUGAUUGAGAAGGAGACUGAAGAGUACCGCAAAGGGGACCCAGACCCGUUUGAUGACCGACACCCAGGUCGGGCAGACCCGGAGUGCAUGCUUGGUCACUUACUGAGGAUACUCUUCAAGAAUGAUGAUUUCAUGAAUGCGCUAGUGAAUGCUUAUGUGAUGACAAGCAGAGAACCUCCACUAAACACUGCUGCCUGCAGACUUCUGCUGGACAUCAUGCCGGGACUGGAAACAGCUGUUGUCUUUCAGGAAAAGGAAGGCAUAGUUGAAAAUCUCUUUAAGUGGGCACGAGAGGCUGAUCAGCCCCUAAGGACAUAUGCAACAGGACUGUUGGGAGGAGCUAUGGAAAACCAGGACAUUGCUGCAAAUUACAGGGAUGAGAACUCCCAAUUGGUGGCUCUGGUGCUUCGUCGGCUACGAGAGUUGCAGGUCACUGAAAUGACCACAAAACAGGAAAACAAGCGCCCCAGUCCUCGGAAAGUGCCAUCAGAUCCUCUGCUGCCCCUCGAUGAAGAGGCUGUGGAUAUGGAUUAUGGGGAGAUGACAGUAGAUGGAGAGCAAGAAGAAGUUUCUGGUGAUAUAGAGAUCUCCUUUCACCUCGAUUCAAGUCAUAAGACCAGUAGCAGAGUAAACUCUGCUACAAAGCUAGAUGAUGGGGGACUGAGAAAAGGCAGAUCAGGGAAACAGCACGAAAGAGACGGCUUCCGGAAGGCCAAGCAAAAGCUGGGCUUCUCCACCUCGGAACCAGAGCGGAUGUUUGUUGAACUGUCCAACAGCAGCUGGUCAGAAAUGUCCCCGUGGGUGAUUGGCACUAAUUACACACUUUACCCCUUGACUCCUGCCAUAGAGCAGAGGCUGAUUCUUCAGUACCUGACUCCCUUGGGGGAGUACCAAGAGCUGCUACCCAUCUUUAUGCAACUGGGAUCAAGGGAGCUGAUGAUGUACUACAUUGAUUUGAAGCGAACCAACGACGUGCUGCUCACUUUUGAAGCCCUUAAGCAUUUGGCAUCAUUGCUGCUGCACAACAAGUUUGCUACAGAGUUUGUUGCUCAUGGAGGAGUGCAAAAGUUGCUGGAGAUUCCUCGUCCUUCCAUGGCAGCAACAGGAGUGUCCAUGUGUUUGUAUUACUUGUCGUACAAUCAAGAUGCUAUGGAGAGGGUGUGCAUGCACCCCCAUAAUGUGCUUUCAGAUGUAGUGAACUACACCUUGUGGCUGAUGGAGUGCUCCCAUGCCUCAGGCUGCUGCCAUGCCACCAUGUUCUUCUCCAUUUGCUUCUCCUUCCGUGCUGUCCUGGAGCUGUUUGAUAGGCACGAUGGGCUGCGACGUCUGGUUAACCUGAUAAGCACUCUGGAGAUCUUAAACCUGGAAGACCAAGGAGCCCUCCUGAGUGAUGAUGAGAUCUUUGCCAGCCGCCAGACGGGGAAGCACACCUGCAUGGCGCUGCGCCGGUACUUCGAGGCUCACCUUGCCAUCAAACUGGAGCAGGUGAAGCAGUCGCUGCAGCGCACUGAGGGCGGCAUCCUGGUCCAUCCACAGCCCCCCUACAAGGCCUGCUCCUAUACUCAUGAGCAGAUUGUGGAGAUGAUGGAGUUCCUGAUUGAAUAUGGUCCAGCACAGCUUUACUGGGAGCCAGCAGAGGUUUUUCUCAAGCUGUCUUGUGUCCAGCUCAUGCUUCAGCUCAUUUCCAUUGCCUGCAACUGGAAGACGUACUAUGCAAGGAAUGACACGGUACGAUACGCUUUGGAUGUACUGGCCAUCUUGACUGUAGUACCUAAAAUCCAGUUGCAACUGGCAGAACCUGUGGAUGUGUUAGAUGAAGCUGGAUCUACUGUUUCCACUGUGGGUAUUAGUAUCAUCCUUGGGGUUGCUGAGGGUGAGUUUUUCAUCCAUGAUGCUGAGAUUCAGAAAUCAGCCCUUCAGAUCAUCAUCAAUUGUGUGUGUGGCCCAGAUAACCGGAUCUCCAGCAUCGGGAAAUUCAUCUCUGGGACUCCUCGUCGGAAGCUUCCUCAGGCCCCCAAGAGCAGUGAACACACGUUAGCCAAGAUGUGGAAUGUGGUGCAGUCCAACAAUGGCAUCAAGGUGCUGCUGUCGUUGCUGUCUGUGAAGAUGCCGAUCACUGACGCGGAUCAGAUCCGGGCCCUGGCCUGCAAAGCCCUGGUGGGGCUGUCACGCAGCAGCACCGUCCGGCAGAUCAUCAGCAAGCUGCCCCUGUUCAGCAGCUGCCAGAUCCAGCAGCUGAUGAAGGAGCCCGUGCUGCAGGACAAGCGCAGCGAGCACGUGAAGUUCUGCAAGUACGCUGCCGAGCUCAUCGAGCGCGUCUCGGGGAAGCCCCUGCUCAUCGGCACGGAUGUCUCGCUGGCGCGGCUGCAGAAGGCGGAUGUGGUGGCCCAGUCGAGGAUCACUUUUCCUGAGAAGGAGCUGCUGCUGCUGAUUCGGAACCAUCUCAUCUCUAAGGGCCUCGGGGAAACGGCGUCUGUCCUUACGAAAGAGGCUGACCUGCCCAUGACUGCAGCAUCUCACUCUUCUGCCUUCACCCCUGUUGCAGCCGCUGCCUCUCCGGUGACUCUGCCUCGCACUCCUCGUAUAGCUAACGGCAUCUCGGCCCGUUUGAGUAGCCACACUGCUGUAGGUUCCACUGCCACCUCUGUCCAUGCUCAGGCAAGACCGUCUGCAUCCCAAGGCCCACCUGCCCUUCCAGGCCCUUCUUAUGCCAGCAAUUCUCCUCUGAUUGGCAGGAUUAGCUUUGUCAGGGAAAGGCCGUCUCCCUGCAACGGCAGGAAAAUCAGAGUGUUGCGACAAAAAUCGGACCAUGGCGCCUACAGCCAGAGCCCAGCUAUCAAAAAGCAGCUGGACAGACACCUUCCUUCCCCACCCACGCUGGACAGUAUAAUCACAGAGUACCUUAGGGAGCAGCAUGCCCGCUGCAAGAACCCUGUUGCCACCUGUCCCCCUUUCUCUCUCUUUACUCCCCACCAGUGUCCUGAGCCAAAACAGAGGCGCCAGGCGCCCACUAACUUUACCUCACGGCUGACCCGCAGGGCGGCCUUUCCGAAGUACGGAGGGGUGGAUGGUGGCUGCUUUGAUAGACACCUUAUAUUCAGCAGGUUCCGUCCAAUUUCUGUGUUCAGGGAAGCAAAUGAGGAUGAGAGUGGCUUUACCUGUUGUGCAUUUUCUGCAAGAGAACGAUUCUUAAUGCUGGGUACUUGCACGGGGCAGUUGAAACUCUAUAACGUGUUCAGUGGACAGGAAGAGGCCAGUUACAACUGCCACAACUCUGCCAUCACGCACCUUGAGCCAUCCAGGGAUGGAUCUUUAUUGCUGACAUCUGCUACAUGGAGCCAACCUCUAUCUGCAUUGUGGGGAAUGAAGUCUGUCUUUGAUAUGAAGCAUUCCUUCCCUGAUGACCACUAUGUGGAGUUCAGCAAGCACUCUCAGGACAGGGUCAUUGGCACAAAGGGAGACAUUGCACAUAUCUAUGAUAUUCAGACUGGCAACAAGCUAUUGACUCUGUUUAACCCAGAUCUUGCCAACAACUACAAGAAGAACUGUGCCACCUUUAACCCCACUGACGACCUUGUCCUAAAUGAUGGUGUCCUCUGGGAUGUCAGAUCAGCACAAGCCAUCCACAAGUUUGACAAAUUCAACAUGACUAUCAGUGGUGUUUUCCAUCCCAAUGGGCUGGAGGUCAUAGUCAACACUGAAAUUUGGGACCUCCGAACUUUUCACUUGUUACACACAGUACCUGCACUGGAUCAGUGUCGUGUGGUCUUCAACUAUACUGGCACAGUGAUGUAUGGAGCUAUGUUGCAGGCAGAUGAUGAGGAUGACCUUCUGGAGGAGAGAAUGAGAAGUCCCUUUGGCUCUUCUUUCAGGACAUUUAAUGCAACUGAUUAUAAACCUAUAGCUACCAUAGAUGUAAAGCGGAAUAUCUUUGACUUGUGCACAGACAGCAAGGACUGCUAUCUGGCUGUCAUUGAGAACCAGGGCAGCAUGGAUGCCAUGAACAUGGACACGGUGUGCAGGCUCUAUGAAGUGGGCCGGCAGCGGCUGGCAGAAGAUGAGGAGGACGAAGAAGAAGAUCAGGAGGAAGAGGAGCAAGAAGAAGAAGAUGAUGAUGAAGAUGAUGAUGACACAGAUGACCUUGAUGAACUAGAUACAGACCAGCUGCUGGAGGCUGAGCUGGAGGAGGAUGAGAACAAUGAGAAUGCUGGUGAGGAUGGAGAAAAUGACUUUUCUCCCUCCGAUGAUGAGGAGAUUGCCAACCUCCUGGAAGAGGGAGAUGAGGGUGAAGAUGAAGAUUCUGAUGCUGAUGAGGAAGUUGAGCUGAUUCUUGGAGAUACCGACAGCUCCGAUAACUCCGACCUGGAGGACGACAUCAUCCUGUCCCUGAAUGAGUGAGGAGCGGCUGCGGGGCGGGGUGUGGGCAGGAGGAGAUGCUCCCUUCCCAAUGGAAGACCAGAGACCAAAUUGGAAACUGACUGAGCACCCCAGCCCUACCUUUCCUGGGAAAGCCUGAGGAUCUCCUGCCCAUCCGCUGUGUUGGUUUGAGUCAGUUUGAGGCUCGGGGCUAAGUCUCAAUAAAGAGACCUGGGGCUAGGCCUCAUUUCUCUCUGCCUUUUUUUCUUUUUUUUUUUUUUUUUUUUUUUUUUUUUUUUUUCUUUUUUUUUUUUUUUUUUUCAUUUUAGGCUGAGAUGACUCUUCAAGGAAACUUCUGAAGAUAUUUCACAAUAUAUUUUCUUUGUAUAAAGUUCUUUCCUAAAGAACAGAAAUAGUUUUAUAAAAAAAAAAAAAAAAAAAAAAAAAAGGCAAGUGUUCUAGUAAAGAGGGGAGACCUUUGUAUUCCUGUAGUACCUUGUACCAUGGGGUAGGUUUGGGGAGAAAAAUUGUUUAAAAUUAAAAGAAAAUUUAUGCAACUACUAAGUGAAAUAAGAGGAUCAUGGUUUCUAAUAUCGUUGAGGAGUGAGAAUAUUUUUAUUUUAAAUAUGAUUUUAUUUUUAAAAAAGAAGAACUUCAGGUGUUACACCUGCUAAUGCACCAGUGUGUUCCAGAUGCUUUUGUCCUCCAGGGAAGAGCCCCUGGGGUGUUUGCCAAUGUCAGUUUGUGCUGUGGUACCAGCUAUAGUGGGAGGCUGAAAUCCUGGCUGGGCCUAGUCAGAGCCUGGUAUUCCUGAAGACAUGGGAAUCUGGGAUUGAAGUUUGAGCCCUUUUUCUCCCCUCUGCCCUUUGUGGUUCAAGUUUUUUUACUCUUUCUUUCUUUCUUUUUCUUUUUUUUUUUUUCCUCUUGCCCUCUGUGUGGAAACUGCAAAUUGAAGGCCUUUUUCUUUAAUGUAAAGUGUAUUUAUUAAAAAAUUAAAUACAAAUCCUG